GAUUCAGUGAGUUUCGUGCGCUCUGUUUCUUCUCACCUGAUUUGCGAUGACUGGGCGUUGUCUGCUCGGCUACAGCUACCUUCUGUUUUGGCUUCUCCACUCCUGCACGGCGGAGGAGCUCAGGAUACAGGAGAACCAUCAGCCGCGCAUCAUCAAUGGAAGCGUGGCCAGGGCAGACGAGACGCGUCACCUGGUAUCGAUCCGCCUCCUGCGGCACGACAACAACUUCGGAAGCGGCCACAUCUGCGGCGGGGCGCUAAUCGCGCCUAGAAAGGUCCUGACCGCAGCCCACUGCCUGUACAACAAUCAGAGAAAGCGCUUUCGGCGGGCCAGUGAGUUCGUCGUGGUUCUGGGCACGCUGAACCGCUUUGAGCACCACAAUGGUACCAUCGUGUCCCAAGUGAGCUCCAUGGCCUACAUGCACACCUUCAGUCCAGACAGCAUGCGCGACGACGUGGGGAUCCUCUUUCUACGCACCGGGCUCCCGAUGUCUUCGGGCGGUGUUCACCUAACUGUGGCUCCCAUCCAGCUGGCGGGGCAGGUCACGCCCCCCGGGAAGCUGUGCCAAGUGGCCGGCUGGGGUCGCACCGAGCAGAGUUCCCUGUCCAACAUUCUGCUGACGGCCAACGUAAGCACCAUCCGGCACCAGACUUGCCGCAUGAUCUACAGAUCCGGCCUCCUGCCUGGGAUGAUGUGCGCAGGUCGGUUGCAGGGCGGCACCGACUCCUGCCAAGGCGACUCCGGAGGUCCGCUGGUGCACGCUGGCCGUCUUGUGGGUGUGGUCUCCUGGGGCUACGGAUGCGCGGAGCCGGGACUGCCGGGUGUCUACGUGGACGUGGAGUACUACCGCCAAUGGAUAGAGGAACGCAGCGGGGCUCCCAACUCCAGGGUGGCUCCCGGACUACUCCUGCCCCUGCUGAUGUGGUGCUCGUUGUCGUGGCUAUGAGCCCCCUCCCUCGUAUUCGGGAUCCCUCGUAGUGCUUUAGUCUAUAUAGUAACUAUAUUCUAAGCUAAAUGUUCCUAAUACACAUACGUACAAUGUAACGAUAGCUCUAAAUCUGA